AUGCUCUCGGAACAUUUCCUACAGCAGCUCUCGCAGCGGGCACACCCCAAGACGCUGUGUCCGUCAGAGAUCGCUCGCUCACUGUCAGUGACCGAGCUGCGGACCCUCGGGGUCCGGGAAUGGCGCGACCUGAUGCCACGGCUGCGGAGCAUGGCGUUUGAGGCGCGCGACCGCGGCGAGGUGGAGAUCCUGCAGCGUGGUGAAGUUGUCGAUGAAGCAAGCGGGAUUGAUGAUGUUCGAGGGCCGAUUCGGAUUCGGAGACGUCAAUGA